UUCUCCAACAUAAGCUAACGCUUUUCAAUUAACUCUAAUCGGUCAUGGUUCAAAAACUAUAAGAAUCUUCAAAACGUAAAAAAAAAUGUAUCUAAAAACAAUUUUGGCAAUCAUUUUUAUAUGUCAUACAAAAGUUAUAGAACAAAGUGAUUUAGACGACGAAGAAACAAACUUUCUUAGAAAUGAAUGCAAUUUCAAUAUGCCGUUAUUAGAGAGACUUAUGUCUUAUAAACCUGUUAUAAAUUAUAUUAUGGCUACGGUUAAAUCUAAGAUGAUUUCAGAGGAUUUUUAUGAAAAAUAUUCAACAUUCAUCGAUACGUUUGGGGCUCGUCCUGCUGGAAGUAAGAACUUGGAAAAUGCAAUAGAUUAUAUGAACCAACUAACAUACCACAGUGGAAUAAAAAAUGUUUUUACGGAGAAUGUUACGGUACCACAUUGGCAACGGGUCUUUGAAUCUGUAAAAAUGAUACAUCCUCGUUUAAAAUAUAUCUCAGCAAUUGGUCUAGGACCCAGCGUUGAAACUCCUCGUUAUGGCCUAGUUGCGGAUGUAAUUGUUGUUGGCAGCUUUGAAGAAUUGGAUGAAAUCGAUAAUGUAGAAGGAAAAAUAGUUUUACUUAAUGCUAGAUUUACUUCAUAUCGGGAAACCGUAAAAUACAGAGUUCAUUCUGCAGUAAAAGCUGCUCAAAAGGGCGCCGUUGCAGUAUUAAUUAGAAGUCUUACACCUUUUUCGUUGUAUACUCCUCACACAGGUGCAUUAGCAUAUAAGCAAAAUGUAAAAAAGAUACCAGCGGCUGCUAUUACUGUAGAAGAUGCCGAUUACAUUCAAAGAUUAUAUGAUUAUAGAGAAAGAAUUACAAUAAACAUAACUAUGUCAAGUACUAUGAGUAAAAAAAUAUCUCGUAAUACUAUUAUUAAUCUGCAGGGAAGUGUUGAACCACAAAAGGUAGUGAUAGUUUCAGGUCACAUAGAUAGUUGGGAUGUUGGCCAAGGAGCUAUCGACAACGGUGGCGGGAUGAUGAUUAGCUGGUUUGUACCUGUGAUAUUGAAAUUUUUGAAUUUAAGACCCAGACGGACUAUACGCUCUAUUUUGUGGACAGCGGAAGAAGAGGGCCUAAUUGGUGGAGCUGCGUAUAUAGGAAGACAUUUGAAUGACCUACAUAACAUUAAUUUUAUAUUGGAAUCAGAUGCAGGAACCUUUAAACCUUUGGGCCUAGAAGUAGCUGGAUCUAGAUCGGCAAAAUGCUUGAUUGCAAACAUUUUGACACUUUUUUCGCCGAUUGAUAAGAUCAGAUUUGUUAAUAACACAGGAUCAGAAAUGUCACUUUUUGUUAAUAGUGGAAUUCCCGGAGCAUCAUUGUUGAAUCAAGAUCGUAAUUACUUUUUGUACCAUCAUACAAAUGCUGAUACCUUGACAGCUCAAAAUAGGGAACAUGUAAUAAAUUGUGCCGCAUUUUGGGCAGCUAUAUCUUAUGUUAUUGCAGAUAUACCGAUGCCAAUUCCACGAGAUUAAUAUAUACGAUAAAAAAUACUAUUGCUUUAGAAAAAAAUGUAAACACAAAUAAUGAUUUCGUUUUGGUUUAUAUCGAUAUUUCCCUGUACUUUUUUUGUACUUAAAUUUUAGUGACAAUAUUUAAAUAAAAAGUGUGUGUUUAUUUUUAAUUUAA